AUGAAGAUUGGAACAUGCAUUAAGAACUACUUCAUAGAAACACCUUCUGAUGAAUGGAACUUUGAUUCUUUUCAUAGAAGAGUAGCUGGAAUGCUUAAAAAUAACAAGCCAAUACCAUCAUCACAAACAACAUCAUCAUCACAAACAAAAUCAUCACCACAAACAACAUCAUCACAAACAACAUCAUUACAAAUAACAUCAUCAAAAACACCUAUUAAUAGUGAUGAAGAUGAUGUUGAUAAUAAAUUUGCUUUAUAUGACUUGGUGAAAUUAGCUCUUUCUAAUCUAAAUCAAAAAGUUUUGAACAGAAGUUUUAGCCAUUCAAAGGAUGGUAGGAAGGUACUUGAAAGAGCUUGGCAAGCUGAGAUGUAUCAUAGUUUGUAUGAAUGUCUGUCAGAAGAUGCAUGUGUAUUGCCAGAAAUCAGGAAGAUUUUUAGUGAUGAUGCCAAACAUGGAGGGAGAAUUGAUACUGGGGAGGCACAAACACUUGCAGAGUUGAUAACAUUAUUAAAAAAUAAGAUAAAAAGAUAUUUUCAAAGUGAUUUAAUCACUGAUACUUGUUUGAUAUUUAAUAUUCUAAGACAUUGGAUCCAUGGAAAAGUACUAAAUUGGUGUGAUUUAGUUACUCAUUGA